UUGAGGUGUGAUUCUCCCGCGUCCCGCGCAUUUAAAAUCAUUACAUCACCAGAACGAUACGGUUAAUUAUUUAAUCAACGUGCACGGGGAAUACAAUAAGCGUUUUUUUUAAAGACCUGAGACAAAAAUGUCCGGGUUUAACGGCGUUCGUUGACGGGAUAAAGAAAAGAAAAGGCUGCUCGCGUUCAUUGUGUGGAGGAUGUGAGGCAGCGCGAGAUGUCAUGGCAGCGACGGAUGCAGCAGCAGAUAACGGGCCGGAGCAUCCCGGUGUUCCGGUACCCAAGGCGUUUCCCUAUGAGGAAUACGAGUGCAAAAUCUGCUACAACUUUUUCGACCUCGACCGUCGGGCGCCCAAGAUCUUGGAGUGUCUGCACACGUUCUGCGAGGAGUGCCUGCACGCGCUGCAGCUGUGCGAGGAGCGGCCGUGGCGCAUCAGCUGCCCCGUGUGCCGCCACCGCACGCCCGUCCCGGACUACCGGAUCCAGAACCUGCCGAACAACACCAAGGCGACGGAGGACUUCCCUCUGUACAUCGACUCGGACCCCGUGCCUCAGGAUGCUCUGCCGCCUCACCGGCCUCCGCUGCACCCGGCGCUCGUGGCGCUCCGGCGCGAGGAGGACGCGUCCAUGGCUGGUCACGCGACUCCGUCCACCUUGACGGUGUCCACCGCGACCACGCUUUCCCAGGACUCGGUCUCGCGCUACGAGAGCUGUCAGAACUGCAGGCGUCUCGCGCUGACCACCGGAUGCGUCUGCGUCAUCUUCUCGUUAUUGUCAAUGUUAGUGCUGCUCUUCAUGGGCCUCAUUUUCGUCCACAGCCACGGCGGGCCGCCCUCGCCCGCGGGACCCCUCUGUCUGUCGGUGGCCAGCAUCCUCGCCAUGGUGUCUGCGAUGGUAACGUGGCUCCUCUAUUGGCUCAAAGACCGACCGGAGCACGAGACGGGCCGCUCCUCGGCCACCACUAGCGCGAGCCGGAGAAACGCAUGACUGGAGAUGAGCAUCCGAUGACAAGCGUUUAUUAUUACCAGUUAGUUUCUUUUCAUGUUACUUGUACUUUCCGUAGGCUAUAUUUGGUUAAUCUUUAUUUGAAGGUGUCGUUGUUACAGUGUAAUUAUACAUAUAGGUAGUUAUAAGUGAUAACUACAUGUAUUUACUAUAGGCAAAACAAAACCAGUCAUAAGGGUCUAUUUCUUUUAACUGAGAUUUAUACAUCAUCUGAAAGCUGAAUAUAAGCUUUCCAUUGAUGAAUGGUUUGUUAGGAUAUGACAAUAUUUGACAGAGAUA